GUUAUGAUGCAGACUAGAAUGCUGGUGCCCCGUGCAUUAUCAAUUAUUAACGGCGUUUGCGUGAUUGUCAUCUAUCUUUAAAAUAUAAUUAAAAGAAACUUAACGCGAAACAGAAGAAAGAAUUAGCAGCUAUUGGUGAGGAGUGAUAUGAAAAACGAGUGGGACUGCUGGAUAGGUGUGAGGUUUUGAAUGGAGGUGGGUGUCACCGAAUGCUAACUCUCUCCAAAAAGUUGUAUGAAAACUCCCAUAAAAAAGGAUGAUAUUGAAAAAAUUGUCGCCGAGAUCGAAAAAGAAGAAGCUCGUCGUCAGCGAGUUGUAGAAUGUGUCGUAGCCUCUCCUUCACGUCGUGUAAACUUUACAUUAUCAGCACAUCCCUUCAAAGAUGAGUUAAUUAUGUUUGGUGGCGAAUUUUACGAUGGUCAAAAGACUGUGGUAUAUGGUGAUUUAUUUUUUUAUAACAUAAACAGAAAAGAGUGGACACUUGUAAAAGCACCUGGUUCACCGCCUCCACGAUGUGCUCACCAGGCAGCUAUAGUGCCAACAGGCAAGGGGGAUCUAUGGAUAUUUGGUGGUGAAUUUUCCAGCCCAUCGGAAUCUCAAUUUUAUCAUUAUCGUGACUUGUGGGUUUAUCAUAUUGGGGAGAAGAAGUGGGAAAAAAUCAAUGCAUCAGGUGGACCAUCCGCAAGAAGUGGUCAUAGGAUGGUCUACAUGAAGAAACAGUUGUUUAUUUUUGGCGGUUUUUACGACAAUCUCAGAGAGUACAAAUAUUUCAAUGAUAUUCAUGUUUUCAAUAUAAGUAGUUAUACGUGGACAGAAUUAAAAAUAUCUGGAAAUUUGCCUGCUGCUAGAUCUGGAUGCAUUGUGCUACCAACGCCAGAAAAUAAACUUCUAGUUUACGGCGGAUACUGCAAAGAACGGAUAAGAAAGGAUUUCGACAAAGGCCAAGUUCACAUGGAUAUGUUUGUUCUGAGUCCUGAAAAAAACGACUUAACUGGUACAAAAUGGAAGUGGACUUCUGUUAGGCAAGCAGGAAUUAAAAUAACGCCUCGCUGUAGUUCAUCAGCGAUUUUAAUUCAGUCGAACUUAGCAUAUAUGUUCGGAGGAGUGUUUGACCAAGAGGAUAACGAAGAAGAACUUCAUGGUACAUUCUUCAAUGAUCUGGUGGCUUUAAACUUGGAAAAAUAUCAAUGGCACACGGUCUCGCUAAAUCCGAAGAAUGAUCAGGGUGAACGAAGAAAAAGAAGAAAGGCUAAAGAAGACGAAGAAGAUGAAGUUGCUAUGGAUGAACCAAUGGCAAUUGAUGAGGCUUCUGCAAAAACCGUUAUAGCAGAUGACGGAAUAUUUACAGUGACUGUUGGCCCAUCACGCUCUAAUUGCAGCACAGCAACCGUAGGAGUUACAAAAGAAAGCAUUUUUAUGCCAUCUCCUCGAAUUAAUGCGGGCCUUGUAGUUAAACAUAACGUCUUAUACCUGUACGGCGGAAUGUUUGAAGACGGAGAUAAACAAUACACUCUCAAUGAUUUUUACUCUCUUGACUGCAAGAAGUUGGAUGAAUGGUCGACUAUCAUAAGAGAUGAUCUAUCUUCUCAAGAAUGGCUAGAAUCUAGCAGUUCAGAUUCUGAGGACGAAACUGACGACUCAAGUGUAGAAGCAUGUGCCAAUGACAUGGAUAUAGAAGAAAAGUGAAUAAAUUUAGAAUGUGUGGAAAUAAUACAAAAUAAUACAAAAUAAGAAAGAGGUCGCUCACAAAAUGCGUAACACCUUUGGCACUGGGGACCCUUUGAACGUUGCUUCAAUGUUAAAUUACAUUCACUUAUGGCCCAAAAUUAUGAAGUUACAAAUUCAGUGCAUGUUAUUUUCAUAAACUGUACAGGACUAUGCACUAUGUGUACUAAUAAUAAUGUAAAAGUUUAUAGACAAAUCUUAUAUAUUUUAGAUUAGACUGAUUUUAUUUCCA